ACGUCAUUCAAGUUUGAACAUGUCAAUUGUCAAAAUUUAUCAAUAUUUAUCGAGAAAAGAGUAAACUUUAUAUAAUUUACCAUGCAGAGACAUAAAAACAACUUGUUUUUAGACAAAUUUAGCCUCUUAAACUCACAGGAAAACAGUGAAGACAUAAAGUGGUCAUCCAGUUCAUCCAGUGACUAUGAAAACACAUCGUUUAGUAACAAAUUGUGUAACAACAACAAGACAUGCAGUAAGAAGCGAAAACGUAAGAAAAAAGUGCCAAAAAACAUGUCGAACUUGGAUAUUACUAUCGUAGACUCUUGUAAUGAUCGUAAAAAAGAGUGCUUUAGAGAGAAAUCACCGAUUUUAGUAACGAAAAGUGUUGAAAGUCCUGUAUCUCCUAUACUUAUGUCAUCAUGCAAAUUCCCGCGAAACAGACCAACUUCCCCGAUACUCACUCAAAAGAGUUUACACCAAAGAAGUCCUAUAUUAAUGCCAAGGAAUACUUCUCCCAAAUAUUCAAUUAAAGUGAGAAAAAAACUAGAUUAUAAAGAAUAUAACGGCAAGAAACAUGAAUUUAAAUCAAUCGACAGCAACCAAGAAGCGUUUGGUGAUGAUAAGAUUCUAAAUAUAAAAACAGAAUUACAAUCAUUUGAUAAUAGUCUAGAAAUAAACACUGCAGCAUCAGACAAAAGUGAAUCAUCAUUGCAAGCAAAAUUAAAACUAAUAAAAAGCGUUAAGAAUUAUUUUGACAGCCAUUUCAGCUCUGAAAAUACAUCACAGAAUAUCAGUGACACACCCACUCCUGAAGAAUCUAGUAGGAAUGAAAGUAUAGAGAUUUUAACGUGUAAAACACAAGUACCUAACUUACAAAUUAUAAAACAAGAUAGUACAAGCAACUCUGAUACUUCAAUAUACAUGCAGAAAAAUAAGAAAAUCAAAUACAAAAAAGGUGGACUAGCACACAGGUUGAAUGCCCUUUUAAAAAAGCAGCAAGCGCACGUUUCUCUAUGGCAACACGAAAGAUUUUUGGCGGGAACCUCAAACUUUGUAAUUCCAAAAGGAGAACAUGCUGUGUUCUUUAUUCAAAAUAUAGAUUUCAAAUAUGGUUGCUAUCUGCUAAAUGCUUUCGAUGUAAAAGAUGAGAAAUAUGCAAUUUUUAUUAAUAGUUCUUAUGUUAAUAAUAAUAUUAUAGCUGACGCAGUUCUUAAAUUGUAUGAGCCUUAUAAAAUUUUAACUUUUGAUGAUAAAGAUUUUAAUGUUAUUAUAAAUGUUAGUAAAUUUGAAUGUUUUGACUUAAAAAACAGCUAGAAGCCUUUGUACUGCCCAAUGUAUUAAAUUUUAGUCUAUAGGUACUAUACUAUGUU